GCUGCUGCUGGUAGGAUGGUACAGGAAGUGAACGUCACUGACACAGGAAUAGGACUGAAAAAAGAAAACACCAUCAUGAUGAGGAGAAUGUCAAAUCCCACCGUGUAGGAAACCGAAUCGUAGCUUCAACUCGGGAAAACGAUGAAUUGUUGUGUCCGAGCUGGAAUCGAGGCAUCAGGAAGGGUACCGGCGCAUUGCUAAAUGGAGUCGGAGCAGCUGUACCACAGAGGCUACUGCAGGAACAGCUACAACAGCAUCGCCAGCGCGAGCAGCGACGAGGAGCUGCUGGAUGGAGCCGGCGUCAUCAUGGACUUCCACACCACCGAGGACGACAACCUGCUGGAUGGGGAUGCUGCCUCCCCAGGGUCUAACUACGCCAUGUCUAACGGAGGCGGGGUCGCCAGUAGCACCACCCACCUGUUGGACUUCCUAGAGGAGCCCAUCCCUGGUGUUGGGACCUACGACGACUUCCACACCAUCGACUGGGUCCGUGAGAAGUGCAAGGAUCGCGAGAGACACCGGAAGAUCAACAGUAAGAAAAAGGAGUCAGCAUGGGAGUUCACCAAGAGCCUGUACGAUGCCUGGUCUGGCUGGCUGGUGGUGACGCUCACCGGCUUGGCGUCAGGUGCUUUGGCUGGCCUGAUUGACAUAGCUGCUGACUGGAUGAACGACCUGAAGGAGGGGGUGUGUCUGAGCGCCAUGUGGUUCAACCACGAGCAGUGCUGCUGGACCUCCAAUGAGACCACCUUCGCUGAGAGGGACAAGUGUCCUCAGUGGAAGAGCUGGGCUGAGCUAAUACUGGGGCAGGCCGAGGGUCCCGGCUCAUACAUUAUGAACUACUUCAUGUAUAUUUACUGGGCGCUGUCCUUUGCCUUCCUGGCUGUCUGUCUGGUCAAGGUGUUUGCUCCAUACGCCUGUGGCUCAGGGAUCCCUGAGAUCAAGACCAUCCUGAGUGGGUUUAUCAUCCGGGGCUACCUGGGCAAGUGGACCCUGAUGAUCAAGACCAUCACUCUGGUUCUGGCUGUGGCGUCUGGCCUCAGCCUGGGGAAAGAGGGGCCCCUGGUCCACGUGGCCUGCUGCUGUGGGAACAUCUUCUCCUACCUCUUCCCCAAGUACAGCAAGAACGAGGCCAAGAAACGAGAGGUUCUUUCUGCUGCGUCGGCCGCUGGGGUGUCUGUUGCUUUUGGAGCGCCGAUUGGAGGAGUUCUCUUCAGCUUGGAGGAGGUGAGCUACUACUUCCCUCUCAAGACUCUAUGGCGCUCCUUCUUCGCUGCCCUGGUGGCCGCCUUCGUCCUGCGCUCCAUUAACCCUUUCGGUAACAGCCGCCUGGUGUUGUUCUACGUGGAGUACCACACGCCGUGGUACCUGUUUGAGCUCAUUCCUUUCAUCCUCCUGGGAGUGUUCGGGGGCCUGUGGGGCGCCUUCUUCAUCCGAGCCAACAUCGCCUGGUGUCGGCGGCGCAAGUCGACGCGCUUCGGUAAGUACCCGGUGCUGGAGGUGAUCUUGGUGGCUGCCAUCACAGCAGUGGUUGCUUUCCCAAACCCCUACACCCGCCAGAACACCAGCGAGCUGAUAAAGGAGCUCUUCACCGACUGCGGCCCACUGGAGUCCUCCCAGCUCUGUCAGUACCGCAGCCAGAUGAACGGCAGUAAAGCCUUCACCGACAACCCCAACCGGCCGGCGGGGCCUGGCGUCUACUCCGCCAUGUGGCAGCUCUGCCUGGCGCUCAUCUUUAAAAUCAUCAUGACUAUAUUCACAUUUGGACUCAAGGUGCCAUCGGGCUUGUUCAUCCCCAGCAUGGCUAUCGGGGCAAUCGCAGGGCGAAUCGUUGGCAUCGCCGUGGAGCAGCUCGCCUAUUAUCACCACGACUGGUUCCUGUUCAAAGAGUGGUGCGAGGUGGGAGCCGACUGCAUCACUCCGGGACUCUAUGCCAUGGUGGGGGCCGCCGCUUGUCUGGGUGGUGUGACUCGUAUGACCGUCUCCUUAGUCGUUAUUGUGUUCGAGCUGACCGGUGGGUUGGAGUACAUCGUCCCCCUCAUGGCUGCUGUCAUGACCAGCAAAUGGGUGGGUGACGCAUUCGGCCGAGAGGGAAUCUACGAGGCCCACAUCCGCCUGAACGGAUACCCCUUCCUGGACGCCAAGGAGGAAUUCACACAUACCACACUGGCCAGAGAGGUGAUGAGGCCUCGACGCAGCGACCCACCGUUGGCGGUGCUGACGCAGGACGACCUGACAGUGGAGGAGCUGCAGAGCGUCAUCAAUGAAACCAGUUAUAAUGGUUUCCCUGUCAUAGUUUCCAAGGAGUCCCAGAGGCUGGUGGGCUUUGCCCUGCGCAGGGACAUCACCAUUGCUAUUGAAAAUGCUCGCCGUAAGCAGGAGGGCAUCAUGUUAAACUCCAGGGUGUACUUCACCCAGCAUGCACCCACCCUGCCUGCCGACAGCCCCCGACCCCUCAAGCUACGCUCCAUCCUUGACAUGAGCCCCUUCACCGUCACUGACCACACCCCCAUGGAGAUCGUGGUGGACAUUUUCAGAAAGCUGGGGCUGCGCCAGUGCCUGGUCACUCACAACGGGAUUGUGUUGGGCAUCAUCACAAAGAAGAAUAUAUUAGAGCAUCUGGAGGAGCUCAAGCAGCACACGGAGCCCCUGGCGGCUUCUUGGUAUUAUCACAAAAAAAGACAUCCUUCGUCACAUGGCUCAAAUGGCAAACCAGGAUCCAGAGUCCAUCAUGUUCAACUGAUCCGCUCUUUCCAGGACGGCUGGGGGGGAGGAGGGGGAGACGACAGCGAGGACGAAGAGGAGCAAGUGUGUCUCCUGAACGGCUCCAAUCUCUGACAUUCGGCCCCCAUGGUUUUGUUUUGUUUUUUUCAUUUUAGUUUUCAGCUUUGUAGUCCCUGAAACGACUGACUGUGGCCUCCAGAGACUUACUGGCCACGUGAGGGAAAAGACGAUGAUAAAAAAGACUUUGUUAUUAUCAGUCUGGCUGCUGAGGACACAACGAGGUCACGGGUUGAAGGCACACACAAGAGGAAAUGCACUUUUAAAACACACACGUGCAAAAUCAAACAAAAACACACACUUUUUUGCACUUGCAGACACCUCAAACAUGCAUGCCGUCUCUCCACACACACAGACACACACCCACAGACUCCCUAAAUCUGUAAAGUUACACCCAUUUGCACUCUUCACGUGCCUCACCCUUGUCCUGUCUCCGCCGAGGUGGUGGUGGGUGUGGCCUGGCUGGGGUGAAAGGUCGGAAUGAACCGCUGAUGAGGGACGCGAUGAGGGACCUUGAAACCUCCAGGAUCCGGCUGAAUAAAAGAAAGAAAGAAAACUCACUUCCCCUCCCCUCGCACACACCUGACCUGUCCGUCCUCCAGGAAAAAUGCAUUGUUUACCUGUGAAUUAAGUGUGUGAGGAUAUUUGCGUGUGUGUGUGUGUGUGUGUGUGUGUGUGUGUGUGUGUGUGUGUGUGUGUGUGUGUGUGUGUGUGUGUGUGUGUGUGUGUGUGUGUGUGUGUGUGUGUGUGUGUGUGUGUGUGUGUGCGCCACUACAUUCCAGCCGGGUUACCAUGGGAACUGAGAGGACGUGCACCUGCUCCUCGCGCUCGAAAAACACGGCGGUCUCUCGUUAUGCGUCAUGGCACACGGCUGCUCCCCUGCGUUAGGUCUAACAGAGAUGGCUUUAAUGUGUGUGUGUGUGUGUGUGUGUGUGUGUGUGUAGAGGAGAGAGAGAGUAAGAGAGGCUGGUCGAGAGACACAGACGGUAAUGUAUUUCAAGAACAAAAAUGUUCGCUUUCAGAAGGAAAUGAGUGGAACUGGAAGACCUUUGUGUGCGAGUGUGUUUUCAUUUCUGAGCCAGCUUGUGAGGGCGUGUGUGUGUGAGAAAACAGGUCGAGUGUGUACGUAAAGAGAAAAAAAAGGAAAAAGUGUCCAGGUUGCUGCGAAAGAAAUGAAUUUAAACGUCCUUUUUCUUCUCAAACCAUUCCUUUAGACUCUCAUCAGCUUGAAGUAAAACAAAACUGGAAAUCUGUUUAAAGUAAAAGCUUGAAGUUGUGGUGAAGGUGGAAGAUGAUGCUACAUGGUGACCUCUUUUAUUUUUCCUUCCUCAGUAAUCCACGUCUUCAGGAAGUAACAUACUAAGAGCUACAGGUACCUCAGAUAUCCUCCCUCAGUUUAUCAAAGUGAGCUUCAUCUCUCUGAGCCCCCACAGGUAUUGUUGGACACUGCAACCUGUUUUACACAACAAAGCCUCACUUUGACACCUGUGCACACUAAAAAGGGAUAUUUGAUCCGUUUGGCACUCUGUCCUCCACACUUUGAUUGAAUUCUAUUUCCUGCCAAUUUUUAAUAAUUGCUUUAACCUGCACUGUGUGUUAGAUAGUUGAGAGUUAGACCUUUUAAAAUGUAGUUAACACCUGACAACAUGCUUUAAAAUGGCAAAAUACAAGAUAAAUUUAGAACUAACUUCAUUUCCAAUAAAAUAUCCCCAAUUUUAGCAAAAUAAUGCCCCCUAUAAACAGUCCAAACAUUCAAAUCACAGUAUAUAUGGCAGGAAAAUUGUAAAUCCUCACAUUUUAAAGCUAAAAACCAGCAAAUGUACAGCAUCAGUCCAUCAUAAAUGGCUUUAAUUAUUAAAGUCUUAACUUUCAGCACAACAGAAAUGAGUUUGAGUUUAAUCAAACCUGCUGAUCCUUUAGUUCCAAGCAGGUAAAACUAAUUUAAAGCAGCCACCUCUUCUCCUUGAAUGCUAGCAGAUUUAAUAUGAUACUUUUAUACAAAACAAGACUGAAUUGGAAAAGCAAUACUGUAAAUGAUAAUACAAAGUUUAAACAUCUACAUGUCAAACUUUAGCUUGUGAAAAAGUCACCAAGUCUACUUUCAAGGUCAAGAAUGAGUAACAUUUGCAUUUAACGGCCGUUUUUUAACUUCUCUGUGACCCUUGAAGCUAAAACUGUAUCUGUAAAUCUAAACAUCUGGCUGCAUCUGCCCUCUGCUUUUGCUUCCAGCAGGUUUUGUUCGUGCUCGUCUGAUCUCGCCACACCUGCCAAGUGCCUGGCAAAAGGUUUUUAGGCUUUUCACACUCAUCUUUUCUGCUAACAUUUCCCUUUUGUAAUCAUCAAAUAUCUGAUGUGUCAAGUGGAGGUGAUGAAGGGAAAUGAAGCGAUGGUGAUGUUGAACAGUAGCACCUUACCUGUAGAGUGUGUGUGUGUGUGUGUGUGUGUGCGUGUGCGUGUGCGUGUGAGGAAGGUGGGUGUACGUCUUUGCGUUGCAGUGACUGUCCCGCUGUGGUUCGACAGGGAGCAGAGCAUUGUCUUUGUUAACCAGUGGUGUUGCCUAACAUUGUAUUUCAUAUUGAUCUCAAUGUUUUUUCCUUUUUUUUUUUUUUUUUAAUUUAUGGGUAGUGUCGAUAGAGUUGUGCAUUAUUAUUAUGAAGAAUUUUAUGUAUGAUUACAUGGAUUGUUUGAUUGUACAUUUAAAACAAAAUGUGUAAAGAUUAAAUUUUGUUUUAAAUUAAAAGGAAAAAAGAUUCAAGUUGCACAAA